ACGGUUGUUCACAUGUGACUGCCGGCGUACUUCAAGCCACGCCGUUAGACCCUGAGACCACCCAGGCGUUUAAAAACACCCCGAGGAUCUCGUGGACUUAUGAAGAGUAUGUGGACCGGCGCUCGUGCUGCUCGUGCGUUUGUGUAUGGUGCCUGUCCUAGCCUUUCCAAGAUUACAAGAAGUUCACGAGGCAACCACUGGACGGUGCGCAUGUGCGUUAGAGGUGCAGACGGGGCGGGGGCGGCCACGUCACUUACCAACCCUGCAUCAGAAAUGAGUAAACGGAAGAUUUACGUGCUUUCGAGGGUACCUAACCUCGGGCAUCAGCUCACCGAUGCACUGAAAGACGACGCUUCAGUGGUCGAAAUAACGGCGAAGUUUACCACCCACGGUGACGAACCAACGAUCAAACCGGAGGUUGUCCAGAUGCUCCAGAAUGCGGAGAUUCUGAUCACCGAUACGGACAUCUUGAAAGAUGUCCUCUACGAGCUACCGAACAUGAAGUGGGUCCAACUGACAUGGGCAGGUGUGGACAGACUCCUUCCUCAUUUGGAUCGCAGUAAGCCACCACCCACAUAUACCAUAACCCGUGCCUUCUGCUUUGGAAUACUUAUGGCGGAAUAUGUUGUUGCUGGAAUCAUCAACAUCGAGAGGGGCCUUUACAGCUACUACGAUCUUCAGAAAAAGAAAGAGUGGCUUGAUCACGGAUCAUUGCAAUUCCGGACGCUGUCUGACCUGACUGUGGGCAUUUUGGGAGCUGGAGUCAUUGGACAAGAAAUUGCGAGCACGUUGAAGCGGUUUGGCACGGCAGUUCAUGGACUUGCACGAAGGAGGAGAAGUUUGGAGGAACUGACACGGUCGUCAUUUGAUAUGAUUCAUAGUGAACUCUCAGAGUUGCUUAAGAACAGUGACUACAUUGUGAAUGCCCUUCCAAGCACACCAAACACCACUGGUAUGCUGAAUGAUGAGGUACUCAAAAAUUGCCAAAAGAAGCCGGUAUUGAUAAAUAUUGGUCGCGGAACCAUCAUCAGUGAAGAAAGCAUCAUUGAAGCCUUGAACAAUGGUUGGAUUUCUGGAGCAAUUCUGGACGUAUUCCCUAAAGAGCCGCUACCAGUUGACAGCCCCCUUUGGUCGCAGCCAAAUGUGUUCAUCACACCACACAUGUCUGGCCCAUCACGACCACAUGAGUCUCUCGCCAAAACAAAGGUGCCACAACGCCCGGCCGGAGUCGCCGUCGGUAGCUGCGAAGGCCACCCGCUGCCGCCCGAGAGCCUUUAGACAAUUUUCAGUACGCAUUGUUCGUCGCAUGGAUGCUUCCCAAGCGAUCGGAAACACACACGGCCUGGGUCCUCCGACGCUCACAGCUUAUGAGUCCCAGCAUCCCGGCUCCGCUGCUCCCAAGGUGGCCGCCGCCGUCUACCUGCUUGUCACCACCGAACCCGGCUGCCAAACUUGUCGACUGCACCAGUAGG